GAGAAAUCCUCCCAAGAAUUCCGAGUUCUCUGUUCUACUGUCCAGGUCAAACAAACACAAAACCCAGCUCUCUUCUCACCCCAAAAAUGGAAAUUAAAUAAAUAAAAAAUAUUAAACCAGCUCUCCUUAUGAAUUCAUGCAACAGAGCUAAUUGGUGGGCUGAGGAAUCGAAGCCCCCUUCACCUCACCGCCCUCAAUUUCCAUCAGAGUCACAUAGUUGACUUUUCAGAGAUCCCCAGAUUCCCCACAAGCUUAAUCUGCCAGAAAAGCACAAAACCCAGGUGGGUUUUUUGUGCUGGAGUUCUGAAAUGGCCAACUGCUUAGAGGAAUUGGAUAAUGCAAUUGCAAAAUUGCAUCAAAACUUUCAGGAAUUGAGGUACCACCUUGAGAAGUCGUUCUUAGAGCAGGGCAGGGCCCUGUUGAAAUUUGAAGCUCAGUGGAAAGAUCUUAAGAAAGAUCACAGCAGAGAAAAUGAGCAGCGGCAGGUUCACCUGCAACAAAUGGGUUUCUCAAUACCAUCAAAUGGGACAGAGCACUAUGCUUCUGCAAAUCCGAAUGCUGCCUCGUGGAGUAACACUAGUGCUCGGCCGGCUGGAAAUGCUACUCCUCGUCCUUCUGGAAACGGUACUCCGAAACUGCAUUGUGAGAUAUGCAAUAUUUAUUGCGACACCAAGGAUGUACUCAACAAGCAUAAACAGGGAAAAAAGCACAAGAUGAAUUUGGAUAAGUUGAAGGGCAAAAAGAUCCCUGGAGAAAACAGUAAGAGGAGAGCAGCUGAUCAACCUCCGGAGGAUUUAGAAACUAAGAGAAGGAAGGUUCUUGAAAGCGGGGCAGCACCAGACGCUUUAAGGACUUGCGCUUUAUGUAAUGUGGUCUGUCUUACUGAGACGGAUUUCAAUAAUCAUCGCUCCGGACAACGGCAUGUUGAGGCCGCUACUGCGGCGAGGAGGCAUGGUGCUGGUACAAGUGGAGCAAGCAGCCACUGGCAGUCGCAGUGGAGAUAUCAGGAUUGGAAUUCAUAACUAGUAGGACUUCUGUGAGGCUCUGAGCUUCAUAACCAAAUUAUUUUUUCUUACUUUUUGUAACUAAUUGCCUAAAAGAUCCCAAGUCUCAAACUUCAGACCCAUUUGGUAAUCAUUUCAGUUUCCGGUUCAA